CGUGAAAUUUUGGAGGCAAAAAAGCGAAAUGAAUCUAGUGAUAGCGUGAAAAACUAAUUAACGUCGAUCAUUUCCUAAUUAAUUUAUACGUAAGUAUACCGCGAUUGAGAUAAAAUAAGUAUGUGCCUACGAGUGGUUGAUCCGUUGAUCAUUUGACCAGUGUCACCGCUUUUUUAAACGAUUACGAUUAGCUAAAUAGCGAUAAUUAUUAUCCCGGUACAUCGUUGCGGUUACUUGAACGUUCUCGGAUUGCAUCAUUCCCAUAAUUUCAAAUUCUUUCGUAGCCGUUGAAAAUGAAACGCGGAGCUUUGAUCGUUUUGGAAGGCUGUGAUCGUUGCGGGAAAUCUACGCAAUGUAGGAAAUUGAACGAAGAAUUGGCUAAAAGCGGUGUGAAAACUCGGUUGAUGUCUUUUCCCGACAGGACGACGCCCGUUGGUCAGUUGAUUAAUCAGUACCUGCAAAAAGUCAUCGAAGUACCGGACAAAGCGAUUCAUUUGCUGUUUUCGGCCAAUCGAUGGGAAUUGGAACCUAAAAUGAACGAUUUGAUAAAAAAUGGAACAACUUUGGUCGUCGAUAGGUAUUCGUAUUCCGGCGUCGCGUUCUCCACCGCUAAAAAUAAUAUGGACGUGAAUUGGUGCUGGCAGAUGGAAAUAGGAUUACCGAAACCGGAUUUGGUUCUUUUUUUGGAGAUGAACGUGAAUAAUGCGGACAAAAGAAACGGCUACGGCGGAGAACGCUACGAAGAGAAACCCUUUCAAAGACAAGUUUCGGAGAAAUUUGACAAAAUGAGAGAUUCUUCGUGGAAGAUGAUCGAUGCCGAUAAAGAUAUAGAAGCGGUACACGAACAGAUAAUGACGUACGUGAAGGAAGUACUCGAUAAUGUUGGCGAUAAACCGCUGCAGCGUUUUACGUGAAAACUGAGGCUCCUGUUGGGUUACCUUUACCACCUAGCUGUUAAAACCUGCAUCACUUGUUGAUAUACGUGGCUGUUGCUUUUUCCUACUCGUAGCGCAACUUACGCGUACGCGUACUUUGUAUCAUCACUGUUCACUGGCGACUUGACGACUUGCGUGCUGUGUCCGGCAUCCGGCAUAGCACGUCAAAUCCACGUAUUCGUAUCGCGUAGAAAUACUUUCGUAGACGUAGCUGGUAUUCAUAUAAAUGUAUAUUGUAUUUGCCCAGCGCAAACCUUCAUCGCCCGCCGCGCCGCGCCGCGCCACGCCACGCCGUUGACAUCAUCAUCACCGUGACCAAUCAAUGGUGAUCACCAUUUAUACCAAUUCGCUCGUGGACUCCGGUCCGACCGGCGUGGCGUGGCGUGGCGUGGCGUGGCGUGGCGGUGCUGUAUUUAUUGUGAAUUUUUUCAAAUAAACGCUAUCUUAAGGUA